AUGUCAAGCCGCCAGGAGCGAGAGCUUGGUCUUGAAGGGCAGCACAGCUAUGUCGUACUAGACAUGAAGGAGACUGACCACGAUCGCCUUCUGCUUGUCAAAAACCCAUGGGUGGAAGGUAGAGGCUGGAGAGGUCCCCGCCCGUCAGCCAUCACAGUCCUCGAUUCGUCCACUUCCAGUGGUGGCUCCGGGAGCAGCCUCGAGGCCUAUCACCGAGAUAGUGUCCCAACCCAAGAUCGACCACACCCUACCACUUUCUGGAUCGGACUUCAGCAAGUCAUACAGCACUUCGAGAGCUUGUAUCUGAAUUGGAACCCAGGUCUGUUCAAGUAUCGCCAGGACAUCCAUUUUGAAUGGAACAUUGAGUCGCAAAAAUCACUGGGCGGUUGCAUCAUCAAGCAUCCACAGUUCGCAUUCUCUGCAAAAAGCUCCGAUACUGUCUGGUUCCUGCUGAGUCGGCAUUUUCGUGACGUGACAGCGGAGACCAAGGAUGAGUCCGACGCCUUCAAUGACGGAAGCGUCAGACCGGACUCCCAAGUCGACUCGUCUGGUGAGCAUCCAAAAGGGUACACGAGCAUCUACGUCUGCAACGGUCAAGGUGAACGGAUAUACAUCAAAGAGACAUACCUGGAGUCUAGUGAUUAUGUUACAACACCUCAGUGCCUCCUUCGCUGGGAUGCGGAAGCCAACGCUACCUACACUGUGGUGGUCGACCAGGACGAAUUACCACCGUCACUCUACACGUUCUCUCUGUCCGCAUUCUCCAACUCCCAGAUUUCUCUCGAGCCAGCAAUGCGGCAGUAUCCUAUAGAGAAGGCUGAAGAGGGGGCUUGGACAAGGCAGUCUGCUGGAGGGAGUACAAGCUCGCCGCGUUAUUUUGAAAACCCGCAGUACUCACUCGAAGUUCGUGAGCGAGGCUCGCUGGCAAUACUCCUCACAAGCGACCACGAGCAUCCACUACACGUCAAGCUUGCACUUGGCCAUGGCAAGCGGAUUUACCAACUGCAGAGUCGAGACGUGCUCGCAGAUUCAGGAAAUCAUCGCAUCGGAUGUGUAUUUGCGGAGAUGAAGGACCUUCAACCAGGAUUAUACACGAUCAUUUGUUCGCUGUUUGAAGCUGGACAGACAGGUGGCUAUACCCUGAAAGUGGACAGCACCACCGAUGUGGUUCUCAAGCAGAUACCACGCGAUGGUGCAGGGCUGUUGUCGAUGAAGCUCGCGCCUGCCUGCUUUGGUUCCCAGAUUCACAAGAUCGCUGCGCCUUUCCAUCCUUAUCGCCUUGCCUCGUACACGAUCGUCACGAGAUUUGUGAGAGCGACAAGCCCGCGGUCGAAUGACUUGGGCAUGUUGGCGCGGAGCCCGCUGCGCUUCAGUGUCGAGCUUGGUCGAGGCCCCGAGCGCAAGUUCGUCAUUGCGAGUGGAAAAGGAGAUUACUCAGAUGCAGCGAUAGUCCGGUCCGAGAGCGUGAACAUUGAUCCAACUAUGGCUCGACAAGGAGACCUGUACUUGGUCCUUGACCGGCUGUCUCGACCUGGUGGCCCCGUGGAAGAAUGGUAUGACGUGGAGGUCUUCACGGAUGCGCCACAAGCAUGCGCGAUUGGUGUUUGGCGAGAGUGGGAUGAUUGA